AGGAAACGGGAUGCAGGCUAGCUUCAGUAACGGUUACGGUUUUUACUCUCCGGUUUCUUCUCCUCGGUGAUGAUGGCAUAUCAAAACUGUGCACAGCGGAGGUCAGAAUCAGUCCCGGUGAACGGUUACCGCUGUCCCCGCUUGGCGGGAAACCCUGCGGCGUGUCUGUUUGCUGUUUAGGUUAGCCGCGGAAGCUAACAUCAGCCUGUGUAUUUUUAACGGGAGUUAGCCUCCGAGGCUAACCGUUGAAUCUGAGCGGGGCUGCCUGACGGGAUGGACCGAGAGGGGCUUCAGUAGGACAACCGGAGCCGGCCAACCUGUGAAGAUGCGCUAACGGAGGCAGCUAACGCCAGGCCCGAAUACCAGCACACUACCAGCCCUCCGUGUUUCCUUCCUCACAGGACUACAACUCCCAGAAACCCUCACUCCUUCAAUGAUCACAAUGGAGUCAACCCUGAACCCACUGCCUCAAUUCACUGAAAACUCCUACAAAAUGACGGAGGAGGACGUGAAGAGGCUGAUUGAGUUCAGGGCAUCCAACGAGGCUCUGUUCACCGGGAAGAGAAACUCUGCAAAGAUAGCCUGGAGCACCAUCCUGAAGGGUCUGGGUCUGGAGGGGAAGCUCACCGCUGACCAGAUCGCCAAAAAAUGGGACAACCUGCGGACGAAAUACAAGGACCUGAAGCAGCCCUACCAGGGUCAGGAGCACAUUGGAGGGGUGGUGGAGUCCUGGCCGUGGUUCCACAUCAUGGAUGAAGCCAUGCAGGGUCGCCUUUACAACAGUAACCUGGUGCUGUGCCCGGAGAACGCCAACAACGCCGCUCACCGCUGUAAUAACCAGCAGAACCAGAGCCAGGAGAACACCGACAUCCUGGAGUUUCUCAUCAAAACAGAGAUGGAGGACACGGUAGCAGCAGAAACCGCAGAGGAUGAUGGGACGGUUCAAACAGAGGCUCCGCCUGCUGAGGGAGUCCCCAUGGGCUGGAGGAGGAUGAGCGAGUGCUCGUACAAAAUGAGUGAAACGGAAACAGAACGGAUGAUCAAACUUCGAGCUGCUAACGAAGCUCUCUUCACUGGCAGGAAAAACUCAGCCAAGCCGGCCUGGAGAGCGAUCCUGUACGAGCUGGGGCUUCAGGGCAAACUGACCACGGAUCAGCUGGCGAAGAAGUGGGACAAUCUGAAGAGGAGAUAUAAGGAGCUGAAGUUUCCUGCCAGAGGCGUGGAGACGAACCCGAGCUCCUGGCCCUGGUUCUACAGAAUGAACGACGCCAUGGAGGGCCGGUUCGCAGGGGCGGCGCCCAUCCUCACGCCUAUCGUGGAGGACGAAGAUGAGGACUGCGAGCCGCUGUCUCCGACGCCGAAGAAGCGAGCGAGGCGGAGCCGAGGAGGCAUGGCCGAGUUUCUGACGGAGUCUGAGAUGGAUCUGCUGGUGGACAACGAAGAGAAGAACGGAUCAGCGGCGCUGGGAGAGCUGCACCGCAUGGCCGAGUUCUCCUACAAAUUGACUGAAGACGACACCAGACGUCUGAUCGAGCUCCGAGCGGCCAACGAGUCUCUGUUCACCGGGAGGAGAAACACCGCCAAACCUGCCUGGAGGGGCAUCGUGAAGGAGAUGGGUCUGACGGGGAAGAUCACACCUGACCAGGUGGCCAAAAAGUGGGACAACCUGAAGACCAAGUUUAAGGAUCUGAAGUUUCCUCCCCGGGGGAUGGAGGGUCAGACUAACCCCGCCUCCUGGCCCUGGUUCCAGCUGAUGAGCGACGCUCUGGAGGGACGUCUGGCGGGAAAAGCUCCCAGGGUGACGCCGGUGUGGAGCAGCGAGGAAGACGGCGUCUUUGUCUCGUCUCCGCCCCCCGACAGAGACUGUCCAAUGGUGGAGAGGAGCAGCGUGUCGGAGCUGGAGAGCAUGGUGGGCGGGGACAACGCCGAGGCCGAUGGGAACGUGACGUACAUCGACGCCAGCGGGGAGGAGUGUUCGACCCCCUCAGACCUCUCCUAUAAAAUGACGGAUCAGGACACUAGGAGGAUGAUCAAACUACGAGCCGCCAACGAGGUGCUCUUCACCGGGAGAAGGAACGCCGCUAAAGCUGCCUGGAAAGCCAUCCUGAAGGAGCUCGGCCUGCAGGGGAAAGUCUCCACCCACCAGAUGGCGAAGAAAUGGGACAAUCUGAAGAGGAGAUAUAAGGAUCUGAAGUACCCUCCUGUCGGGAUGGAGAGCGUCGCCGACGGCGCCUCCUCCUGGCCGUGGUUUCACCUGAUGAACGAGGCGAUGGAGGGCCGCCUGGGGAGCAGCGCCCCCCUCCUCACUCCAGUCACCCAGGACGACGAUCAGAACCCAGACCCCACCCCCAGACACCGUUCCCGCUCAGCCCCGCCCCCUCCUCCCUCGGUCACCUCGGACUACGCUCAGGAGGCGUUUGUUGACGCUGUGGAUCAGAACCAGCGGGGCCCGGAGGCCUGCGAGGGCCCGCUGGGAGGACUGGAGAGGGAGUGGGAGCUGGUGGAGAGAGAGCGGGUGGUGCUGGAGCGAGAGAGGGAGAUGGUGGAGCGAGACAGAGCAUCUGUGGAGCGAGAGAGGGCGGCGGUGCAGGCGGAGCGGCUGUGGUUAGAGAGAGAGCGGGCGGCGGUGGAGCGGGACAGGGCGCUGGUGGAGCAGGAGCGAGCGACGCUGGGAAGAGAGAGAGAGGUGCUGGACCAGAGAGCACUGAUGAUGAACUCUGUGGGACACUCGGGACACCUCAACGCCCUCAUGUAGACACUCGCCACGGGGACGGGGAGCGUCUCCGUAGAGACAGACUGGUCUAAGGCAGAGGUGUGAACCUCCUCACACUGACGGAGGAGAUCAGAGGUCGAAGGUCGAGACCCGGUUGGAUGGUUGUCUUCCACACUGAGGCGCUGCAGGAUGGAGAGAACGCUGCACAGUGGUGAACAGGAGAGCUGCACAUGCUCAGUAGGAUCAUCCUGAUCAGGAUUUAUGCCCAGAGGGAAGGGGUCGGGUAUUGACCUCGAUGGUGACAGUCUAAGUCCAUCUAAUUCUAAUUUAUCAGCUCACUGUUAUUUUAGUAAGGCCGGCGAGUUUAUUUAUAGAGAACGGUUCGAACAUGAACAGAUUUGUAGAAGGACGCUCACAGACGGUUCCAGUCGACGUGUAUUAACAGAAGUUAUAUUUAGAACGACCGACUGAGAGAAAACACGUAGAAAACUAACGAUGAUCCUGCCAAACGGCGCUGCUGGUAGGAGAUGCUAAACCACAUCUCCAUCAGAUGGUCCGGUUUGAUUGAGUACAGUUUGGUUUGGUUUUGUUUGGUACGCUAAACCCCAAAGUAGUCGAUAAAAGAAAAUCUGUAGAGGGGGGUCAUGUGACAUCAGCGUGGGUCUGCUGUUCCCGCCGCUGAGUGUCAGAAAGUUCCAACAGCUGAAUCAAUACAUUGAAACAACUUUAUUUCAGCCUUAGAGUGCCGUCUGUAAUAACUCCAUCUAGAUGACGGUCCCCGUGGUCAGACCAGACCCUCAGCUAAUAGAAGCUGUUCAUACAAAUGUUUGGAGUCACAUCAAUGAAGACAAGAUGAAGCUGGGAUAUUACAGUAGACUAGAGCUGUCGCCGGACUCUUCCAUAAUCUCACUCCCGCUGGAUUUCUGACCAUUAUUGUCCACUCCCACCCGCACCUGCAACAGGUGUGUCAGAUCCCGCCCACAUACCACUCAGAUUCUGACAUCCAUGUUAGAUAUUCAGAAUAACAGACGUGUGUUUUAUUAAAGGCAAUGUAGAUCUGUUCACUGAAGCACCUUCCUGAUUAAAGUUUCUCUCUGAAUGAAGGAAAACCUAAGAAAACGACCACAUCCUCGUCAUGCUAAUGGUGCCACACACAGAUAAAAAGCAGCUGAGAGCCUCAGACUGAUUUAUCUCCCGGUUAUGACUUAGUAAUAGCAAGGCCACAGUAAUAUUUACUGACUUUAUUUACAUAAUCAUUUAUUUUAGAGUCAUACAGAGGUGAAAAUGUUCCCUGGAAAGUUUGUGUGUCAUAAAAACUGCAGCACACCUCUCAGACAGUAGACUAAUCUUUAGUCUUAAAGGCCACGUUUCAUGAAAAGGGGUGUUUUUCCCUAAAUAACUGCAUAACUGCUCAGCAUCUCUGCACACCAGUGCAUAUUUGCAGUGAUAGGUCAACAACACAACAAGAGGAGCUAAAAGCUUUUUGGUUUAUUUACAAAGUUUUAGUGUUAGUACUGUGGAGCUUUAACAAAGCAUCAUGCUGCUUACCUGCUGGUAGUGAUGAGUAUAAUCUAAACCCCACUCCUCUGAUCUGCAGUUUCAGCAGACAGUAAAAUAAUAUCUAAGGUGACAGAGGAUUAGGUAUCGGGUCCACAUAAGAGACAGAAACCAGAUUUAUAACCACACAUCAUAAUCCACAGUCCAGGAAACAUUUUGGAUCUCAGUUUAGUCCAGCUAUCCCUCAUUUAAGCAGAUAUUAGUCUCUUUGUCUCUCAUUUUCACCCCGUGUCACAGUGACGUCAGUGUAAACCCGCUAUUGUUUGUUUAGCCCCACUGUUCAGGGAUGGAAAGUUAGCUUGGCCCCCCUAAGGAAGGGUGCUAAAAACUGGCAUGGUCCAGGUCCUUUAACUGGGACCCUUUCCAACUUUUGAUAACUGCAAAUAAAUGCGUACCGCGGCGUACCAAACUGAUCCAGACCCAGUCGACUCAGUUCACUGUGUUUGUUUACAUCGGGCCAGUAGAGCCUGCAGACCAUAGAUGGAGCAGUUUAAUAUAAAACCUGCUUUUUUAUUUAAAAGGGACAGAGUCUGGAGGAAGAGUCCCCUUCCUUCCAGCUUUUCUUUAUAAAGGCGAUAAAUCCUGAUGAUUGUGCAGCUCUGCCUGAGUGACGUUCUCUUAAACCACACCUGUAUGAAGACUCACCUGGGAUAUACCUGGGAUAUUAUCGACCACUUUGGACUGAAGAUGAAGGAGUGGAUUCAUAUCAAAACUACACUAAUGCUUUUAUGUGUUUGUCAGAGUUUUAUUUAUUUACGACACGUUUUUGUAUUUUUAUUUAAAGUCAGAGGAGCUCCUCGAGUCAGAGAGAAGAAGAAACUUUAUAAAAACUUUAAAGACUUUUUGAAUGUCUGGAUGAAAGAGAGAUGAAUACUUUACCAUAUUUCUUAAUGUUUGCCUCUGUUUCUGGAUGAAGCUGGCUUGUUUCUCUGUUCUGAUGCCUUAUUUUAUAUUUAUUUCACGUGUUCCGUGACUGCAAACAUUAAAUUGUGUUUAUCACAGGAGGAUGUAGCUGAUGGGAGGACUCGUUACAAACCACUGAAAGCAGCCCACAUCUACAGAACAGACCAUUGAAGCUAAAUACCAACCAGAGAACACUGAACCGCUUUCAUCAGGAAUCAUGAAACGGUUUUUACAUUCAUGUUUCUGAAUGUUUUCUUUUACCAAUGUGAAAAAAUACAUUAAGUUAACUGAACUACAAAUCUGGUGUCAAAUCUGAUUCUGACUCUAAUCC